ACAGAGAAGAAGCACAAUCGAAAGGAAGGAGAAGACGAAGAUGUCGUUGGUAUGGUUGGAAGCGAUGUUACCUCUCGGAAUCAUCGGUGGGAUGCUUUGUAUCAUGGGCAAUUCUCAGUACUACAUCCACAAAGCUUAUCAUGGCCGUCCGAAGCACAUCGGCCACGAUGAAUGGGAUGUUGCUAUGGAAAGACGCGACAAGAAAGUCGUCGAGAAAGCUGGAGCUCCUUCUUCAUGAUCCGCUUUAUCUCUUUUGUGUUCCUCAGGGGCUUAAGGUGAAGUCUUGUGGUGACAAAUAAAGUGCAUUCCAGAAGAAGAGGAACCUGGGGGAUCUAGUACUUUCAUUCCCAUUUUAUUUUCCUUGGACAUAUUAAAGCUUUCAGAAUUCAGACCGUAAUGACAUUUGCUUUAUCAACAUUUCCCUGAUUGUGAUAUUUGUAUGCUUUUUAAGUUGCAUGAUACACUGAACUACUCUCUUGGUGUGUGAGUGAAUAAAUGAAUGUCUGGAAA